AUUAUUUUCACUUCUACUUCUACGUUUUACAGGAACUUUUAGACCCUUCGCUACACAGAUUCUUCCAUUACAAAAUCAUGCAAGCAGCUGCAAACAAAUUUCAAGAAUAUAUGGGCACAGAACCCACCGUUAUACACCCAGAAUAUAAGCCUGUUGAAGGAGGCGCCUCGAUGAAAGCUCUGGCAUGGUUUGGUCCCAAGGACGUCCGAAUGGUCACUGCACCCAUCCCGGAUAUCACAGAGCCCGACGAUGUAAUUCUCCAAGUGACCGGUACGACUAUCUGUGGUUCAGAUAUUCAUCUAUACCAUGGCGAGAUUAUGGCCUUACAGAAGGGGGAUAUUUUAGGACACGAGUUCAUGGGAAAGGUAUUCAAAAUCGGACCCAAUGUCAAAAACCUUAAGCCUGGUCAAAGAGUUGUUUCGUCAUUCCAGAUCGCUUGUGGCAAAUGCACCUAUUGUCGUGAAAAUUUGUCCUCGUUUUGUGACCGUACAAAUAAUUCCUCGCUUCAAAACUACAUGCACGGCCAACGUGACGCUGGAUUCUUCGGCUACUCUCACUUCACGGGCGGAUUCCCUGGAGGCCAGGCGGAAUAUGUCCGCGUACCGAUCGGCAAUGUCAACCUCUUGCCUAUCCCCGACAGUGUCCCGGAUGAAAAAGCUAUCUACCUUUCCGACGUCCUUCCGACUACUUAUCAUACCGUAGUUGAUACGGGUGUGAAGCUAGGCGAUGUGGUUGGAAUCUGGUGGGGUCUCGGGCCAAUAGGCCAAUGUGCUGCGCGCUGGGCUCUACUCAAAGGAGCUUCGAGGGUGAUUGGCAUCGAUCGAAUUCCCUCCCGUCUCCAUUUUGCGGAAAGCAAGUCUGGUAUUGAAACGAUCGACUUUAGCCAGUACUCUGAUGUCACAAAAAGAAUCUACGAACUCUGUCCGAAGGGCACGUUCCAUGAACCAAAGACGAUAACACAUAAAAUUCAAAAGACGCUGAUGCUUGAAACCGAUGUGCCAGAAACCAUCAAUGAGAUGAUAGUUUCUGUACGCAAAACUGGGCGCUGUGGAAUAAUCGCUGCGUAUGCAGGUUAUGCAAAUGCUGUCAAUGUAGGAGCUUUGAUGGAAAAAGGUGUUCGGCUGAUUGGGAACGGGCAAGCUCCUGUUCUAAAAUAUUGGGAAGAGAUUCUGAACGAAUACAUCAUCCCAGGGAAGUUUGAUCCAACGUUCAUGAUAACCCACCGUGUUCCGAUUGACGACUUGGCCAAGCUCUACCCCGCUUUUGAUAAUCGUGUCGACGGUGUUGAAAAAGUUUUUAUUGAAACUCAAUUCUCAUCAGCUCCGAGUUCUGGAUGUCCCCCCACAAGCCGAGUGGAUGACUGGAUUUCAAUUUGA